AUGGACCGCACUGUGGUGCUCAUCACCGGCUGCUCCUCAGGCAUCGGCCUGCACCUGGCUCUGCGUCUGGCAUCAGACCCAUCCCAGAGCUUCAAAGUGUAUGCCACUUUACGAGACCUGAGCACACAGGGCCCGCUGUGGGAGGCAGCCGGGUCCCAAGGGUGCCCUCCAGGUUCCCUGGAGACAUUGCAGCUGGAUGUGCAGGAUGCAGAUUCCGUGGCUGCUGCCAGGGCACGUGUGACUGAGGGCCGUGUGGACGUGUUGGUGUGCAAUGCCGGCCGAGGCCUGCACGGGCCGCUCGAGAUGCACUCAGCGGACGCUGUGGGCUCUGUGCUGGACGUGAACUUGGUCGGGAUGGUGCAAAUGCUUCAAGCUUUCCUGCCAGACAUGAAGCGCCGCCGCUCAGGACGUAUACUGGUGACUGGGAGCAUGGGAGGCUUGAUGGGGCUACCCUUCAACGCUGUUUACUGUGCCAGCAAGUUCGCAGUCGAAGGUUUAUGCGAGAGUCUGGCGGUUCUGCUGCCGCCAUUCGGGAUCCAUGUGAGCCUCAUCGAGUGCGGCCCGGUGCGCACGGCCUUCCGGGAGAAGGUCCAGGGCGGCCUCGGCGCGGUGCUGGACAGUGCGGACGCCCAAACCCGAGACCUUUUCUCCCAGUACCAGCACCACUUCGAGCAGGUCUUUCGCGAGGCGGCGCAGGACCCAGAGGAGGUGACCGAGGUCUUCCUCACCGCGCUGCGCGCUCCGCAGCCAGCCCUGCGCUACUUCACCUCGGAGCGCAUCCUGCCCCUGGUGCGGCUGCGCCUCGCAGACCCCAGCGGCCGCAGCUAUGUCGCUGCCAUGCACCGAACAGUGUUCAGUGACAAGCCCGUCGAGGGUCUGGACGGUGCCCAGACGGAGGCCGGAGCUGGAGAACUGGGGGGUCCUGAGCUCGGCUCUCCUCCUGCCGCCCCAAAAUAA